AUGGCUAUAGGCGAGUGGGUGGGCGAGAGGGUCAGUUGUGGUGCUAGCUGGGUCGGCGUAAGGAAGUGUAUGGGUUGGCUUGGUGUGAUUAGGAUUAGGGUGAGAGAAAGCUAUGGAUUGUUGGAGUGUAAGGGGGUGGCUAGUGAAGUGGGCAAGAGAGAGAGAGUUCGUUGGCGUAAGUGUGAGGGAUGGAGGUGUGAAAGCUUGUGGUGGCUAGAAUGGGUGAAAAGGAUGAUGAAUGAAUAG